ACUAUAAACUUUUGUAUUCACGAAUAUCUCUUGUGAUUUUAGAAAGUUGGAUCUGGCAAGAAAAUUGGAAUACAGUUGAGAAGAAAUCAAUAAUCGAUCAUUCAUGGAGUCGGCGUCGAUUGCAGUUACAGGAGGAGGAAACAACGGAAUCAUAAACAAUAACAACGUCAAUAUCAACAAUGAAGGAUCAACUUCUGAUGACGCAAAGCAAAAUCUAAGUGACGUCACAAACUCCAUUGAAAAAACUUUGGGGAUUCUUCAUCAACUUUACCUUAGUGUUUCUUCCUUUAAUGUCGCUUCGCAAGCUCAACUUCUUCAACGCAUAAAUUCAUUGGUGAUGGAGCUUGAUAAUAUGACGAAAUUGUCUAAUAAAUGUAGUUUUCAAGUUCCAAUGGAGGUUCUCAAUUUAAUUGAUGAGGGAAAAAAUCCCGACGAAUUUACCAGAGAUGUUCUUAAUAGUUGUAUUGCGAAGAAUCAAAUUACCAAAGGCAAAGCUGAUGCUUUUAAGAGUAUGCGGAAGUACAUGCUCGAGGAACUUGAGCAAGCUUUUCCUGCUGAAGUAGAGGCUUAUAGGGAUGAACGUGCUUCAGCUGCUGCUGAAAGGAAAAGGAUAGAGCAAGCCCAAAGUGCUCUGCCUAAUGGAGAUGUGAAGGUUAAAAGUGAGCUGUAGUUUAACGUUUAUGCAAUCUGCAAGAAAUCUGGUUUUGUUUCUUAUUGUGAGAAUUGGUGUAAUCUUGAAGACGAGUAUUUUAGUGUAAAAAUGUUUGUAUAAAUGAAAUAUAUAUACACAUUUUGCUUCAUUACCAGCUUUCUAUUAAUUCCUGAGCAGAACAUGUGAGUAUAGUCUUUGAAUAUGCUCUUCUGUGUAUUCUCAUUUUUUUUAUAUGUUAUGGAUUUGUCAAUGUAUAUGUUUGUCACUUGUAAGGUUGUGCAAGAUUAUAAAUUUUUUAUUUCUCUUGAGUUUGGCUA